AUGAAGGAUUACCAGAAGCAGUAUUCACAGCUGAACAUGACGAUAGAGAUGGUGUGCCAGGAAAUUGAUGAAACACUUAAAAAAGAAGAACUUGAAGAAGAAACUAAAGAUCUAACUAACCAGAUGGUUGAUGAGAUUACACUACAUCUCAGCUCCGAAUCUACUGAAGUGGAUGAUCUAUAG